AUGGCAUCGCAGGUUAAAGUUCGGUUCUUCACCAGAGAUGAAGACCGGGAACUACAUUGUCCGGGGAAUCCGGUGUUUGUUCCUGUUUCGCUCAAAAGAUACGGGUUGUCUGAGAUCGUGAACCAUCUGGUUGGUUUGGAGAAGCCUGUUCCGUUUGAUUUCCUGAUUGACGGAACUUUGCUCAAGGGCAGCGUCGAGGAGUAUCUGGUUGCCAACGGGCUGUCCAGCGAGCACUCGUUGGACAUCGAGUACACGCGUGCGGUUUUGCCUCCGCAAUUUCUGGCCAGUUUCAACAACGACGACUGGAUUUCUGCAAUCGACAGUGUUGGAUCCAUGUCGCUAGCAGGACCGGAUGGAGAGGUGCAGACGGCUCCAAAGAUUCUGACUGGUUCGUACGACGGUGUUGUUCGUGUGUACAACGCCUCGGGCAAGGUCGAGACCCAGUUGUCGGGCCAUUCUGCUGCCAUCAAGGACGUCAAGUUCAUCAGUCCUUCGAGAUUCGUCACCGCAGGUAUGGACCGGUCGUUGCGGUUGUGGAAAGCCGGUGUUGUUGGAAACGCCGAUUUGGACAAAGAAACACAGAACGGAAGAACAAACGCCAUUUUGGAAUACCACAAGGACGUGGUGGCUGCGCUGGCGGUCAACAAAACGCGCAUUUUGUCUGCCUCGUACGACCACACCGUCGCCUACUGGUCGACCGUCGCCAAGGAAAUGCAAACCACACAGCCAUUGGAACAAACUGCGCAGAACAACCUGUCUUCUGCCUCUCGUAAGCGGAUGAAGCUCGCGGUCGGCGACGCGACGAUCAAGCGUAAAUCGCCGCUGGCCAUCUUGGACGGGCAUUCCGGCCCCGUGGAGGCCGUCCAGUUCGACAAAGAUGACACGGUCGCCUACUCUGCAUCACAGGAUCAUACCGUGCGGACAUGGGACCUGGUUACGGCCCGUAGCGUCGACACGAGACAGACCAACUUUGCGCUGCUCUCUCUGGCUGUGCUGUCCAGGAUUGGACUGUUAGCCACCGGCUCGGCAGCCAGACACAUCAACCUGCACGACCCGCGCGCAGACAAAGUCACAAGCACACAGCUGGUGGGCCACACCAACUUCGUGGUCUCCCUGGCCACCACAGACAACGAGUACACCUUGGUUUCCGGCUCCCACGACGGCACAGCCAAGAUCUGGGACGUGCGGGCCAACAAGAGCAUCUACACGAUCGAAAGGGAAUCCGGGCCAGGCUCGAAGGUUCUGGCUGUGGACUGGAACUCGGAAAUCGGACUGCUUUCUGGUGGUACCGACAAAAAGCUUCAGAUUAACGAGCUCAACGCACAGGGCGCAAAGCUUACUAAUUAG